AACGCUAUUAAGUAGUAAUUAAGUUUUCAAUAGGCCUAAAAACCCGUGUUUAAUCGCGGGCAUGAUUUUACGACAACCAAAGACUGAACACCAUGGAAGAUGAGGCACCUGUCAUCUAUGGAUUAGAAUUUCAAGCAAGAACAAUCUCGGCUCAGACAGCAGAAACAGAACAAAUACGGUUUCUUGUUGGAACACAAUCUCUCCGGUCUGAGAAUCAGGUCCAUCACAUUGAUUUCGAUGAUGAAAAUAAUGUUCUCAAUAAAAAUGUGUUUUUACAUCGAGAGGGAGAAAUAUGGAACCUCACAGCAUCCACCAUUGACAAAAACUUACUGACAACAUGUUACAAUAAAACUUCAGAGUCAAAGGCAGAAAUGAAAGCUGCCAUAUGGAGGAUACCAUGUGAUUUUAAUAGUUCAGAUGAUAGUUCCCAUAGUUCAUUAGAAUUAGUGUGCCAUCUUGACAAUGCAGAUUAUGGUGAUAUGAAAAGUGUGCUUUGGCACCCGACAGGAGAUAACACUACCCUGGUGGGACUAACCGACAGCCAUGUCGUCACUUGGGACUUCGACACUUCGUCUUCAGGGGCCAAAAUUAAAGAAUCUGCUGGGCUUGAAAGCAAAGGUCAGCCGAAGUUUACAUGUGUUAGAUGGAACCCCCAUCACAACUGCACUCAGUUAGCCACCGCCAAUGACUCCUGCAUUAGGGGCUGGGAUCUCAGAUCUAUGCAGCAAGUGUAUCACAUAGAAAAUGCUCACGGUCAGCUAGUGAGGGAUAUGGACUUCAAUCCCAACAAACAGUAUUACAUAGUGAGUUGUGGUGAUGACUGUAAAAUAAAAUUCUGGGACACCAGGAACCCAUCAGAACCUCUCAAAGUUCUGGCAGAGCAUUCACACUGGGUUUGGUCUGUGAAGUACAAUCACUUCCAUGACCAGUUGUUGCUGAGCUCCAGCAGUGACAGCCGGGUCAUCUUACACAGUGUGGUGUCCCUCUCCUCAGAGCCAUACGGUCAUCUAGCAGAAAAUGAAGAUGACAGCGAUGAAGAUGCUGAAGACAAAUCAGUUGAGCCACCGAAGGAUGGCGUUAUAGCGACUUAUGAAGAACACGAGGACAGCGUGUAUGCCUCAUGUUGGUCCACAGCCGACCCCUGGGUCUUCGCCUCCCUCAGUUAUGAUGGUCGUCUUGUGAUAAACAGAGUUCCUCGUGCAGAAAAAUACAAAAUUCUUUUAUGAUGUCAAUCUCCCCAACUGAACAUUAUUGAAAUACAGAAUAGUUAUUUCUAAAUAUGACAAUUCUGAUAUUUAUGUUAACAUUUUACUAAGGAUGUAACUAGUAAGAUGUAUUUUAUUUAUUGGAUUAAAGUUAUUACUUUAUA